AUCUACCGUGUUACUGUAAUCACUGCGCCCUGCACACAGGUUUACCUUCAUGAGCAGAGCUGUUACUGAUUCGCGCACACAGCCGUCGUCUUUGUGUGCAUCAGUGAUGAUUAUAGAUUAGACAUAGCCAAAAAGAUAGUACGAUUACGUACCGAGCAUUUCCCAUUUCAUUCUCUCGUCUACGACCGUCGAUAGACUGUGGCGUGAAGACGCGACUAUGACCAUAAGGAAUGACCGGGACCACGGGCAGCGUUACAGACCGCGCACGGCAUGCCUGAAGAAGUUGGAGAACGUGGUGUUGGAGAUGCAGGACCCCAAAAGUGGAGUGAAAUCUCAGACCCAGAGGCUUGUAAUCACCACCAUCCCACAUGCUAUAACAGGGGAAGAUAUUGUUGCAUGGAUCGUGAAUCGAUUCAAAAUAGAUGCUACAGAGGCCCGAGCUAUGGGGACCAUGAUGGUGGCUUUCGGGUACAUCUAUCCACUACAAGAUCAUAAGAGACUCAUCCUUAAACCAGACACAUCCCUGUAUCGCUUUCAGACCCCAUAUUUUUGGCCUGCGCAGCAGUGGCCAGUGGAAGACACAGAUUAUGCGAUUUAUUUGGCAAAGAGAAAUAUACGCAAGAAAGGGAUGUUGGAGCUCUAUGAACAGGAACAGUACAACAGUCUUUACAAAUGGAUGAAUCACAAGUGGGAUUUUAUUGUAAUGCAGGCCAAAGAGCAGUACAGGGCAGGUAAGGAGAGGAAGAAGCCAGACCGGGUGGUUUUUGACUGUCAGGAACGGGCCUAUUGGGUUGUACAUCGGCCACCGCCAGGAACAGUUAGUGCUGUGGACUAUAGACACAACAGGAUGGUCGACCCCAAUAUGGAGGAGCAAAAAACAUCUGACUACUACAGAAGAAUUGCUAUGUUCACUCAGCAGUGUAUCAUCAGACCUAGGGUGAAGUCGUCUGUGUCAAUUGGAGCAAUUGUUAAGUACGCAACAACAUACAAAGAGCAUGACCCCCUUCUCCACUCCUGCCUCCCAAGCAACCCCUGGUUAACAGAUGAUGUUACAUAUUGGACUCUCAACAUGCCAAAUGUUGAGACCCCUACUAAAAUGAGGGUAGAGUGCUGGACUUUCAGCUUUGGAGAACUGCUUAUGGACCCUCGGGGAAGGGCUGAUUUCCGCCUCUUCCUUAAAAAGGAGUUCAGUGGUGAGAAUCUUGCCUUCUGGGAGGCAUGUGAGGAUCUGAAAUGGGGUGCUGCAGAGACAAUGAAAGAAAAGGCUCAGCAAAUAUAUAAGACCUUUUUGGCCCGUGGAGCUCCACGUUGGAUCAACAUUGAUGGCAAAACAAUGGACAUAACAGUAAAGGGUUUGGCACAUCCUCAUUGCUAUGUACUGGAUGCUGCCCAGACUCACAUUUACAUGCUCAUGAAAAAGGACUCAUACGGGCGAUAUCUCAAGUCCCCGGUGUUCAAGGAAACUCAAAGAAAGGCCAUUGCUCCUGAACCACACAGAUUCACUGAGACGCAGUUGGAGCAGAAUGCCAAGAGAAGGCGGCCCAGCCUGAGUCCCAUCAUCCUGAGACAGCAGGAAGAAGAACAGAAGGCCAAACUUGCAGCAAGUGGCCCGGUGGACAUCACACAGGUCAUGAGCGAACUGGAAAGGAAACAGAAAACCUAGAACACAGAGAAUAGAUAUCAGCAUAUAUUUAUGAUAAGCAAAAAGGAAAACCACCUUUCUGGUCAAUAAACAAGAAAGCAUAUUUAUAUAGAGAGCAUGUUGCGUCUGUAAUAUUACACAGGUAUUUCUACUGUAGUUUUUGAAAGUUUGCUUGGUAUAUUUUUAAAAUAUCAUUGAAAAUUUCCAUUUAGCCUUUUUAGGCCAUUAUUUUGUCAUUUUUAAUGUUUGUCAUAUUUAUGUUUUGUCAAACUACAUACAUGCAAUCAAACCAAACACCUUCAACAUUUCACACAUUAUCACCGUUUAUUUGCUAUAGUUUAGAAAUGGUAAUCAAAUGUCAGAUAAUACUUAAGCAAAACAUGGUCUGGUCAAAGUGUCUGAAUAAUUUUUGGUCCUAUUUUUUUAUCAGUUUUACUGGUAGUCCACUGUAUGAAGACUUUUCGGAUAUAAUAUGUCAUAGUUUAGUUUAUUUCGCUACCCUCAGUUGCAUUUAUAGUGUUCUGCACCCACUAGUAAAAAAAAUAGAAAAAAUUAUAACUGGUGUCUGAAUAAUUUGUGGUUUGACUGUAUAUAUUUUUAUUUUGUUAAACCAAAAAUUAUCAGAUGUUGUCCUCCUCAUUACUACAGUUUUGUGUCAUGUUUGUUCCAUUUACAAGUUUCCUUGUAAAUCAUGAAUUUAUUAAAAUUCAUACUAAAACCAUUUCUGCCAUCUGUGGUCACAUCAUUUGUCUUUGUCAUCCGUGAUUGUUGUUGAGUGAAAUGUACAGUAUAUAUACGUAUGUCACCAUGUAUCUCGUAUGUGCAGUAUGUGCAUAGUUACAACUUAUCUAAAAUAACUUUGACCUCAUGCCAUUAACUGAGAGGAAAUGAACAUGGUAUUCUGUCAUCAUUUACUCAUCGUCAAGUGUUUUGAAACCUGCAUGACUCACUUUAUUGUAAGCACAAAAGGGAGUCCAGGCUGUUUUUUACAUACAGUGAAUGGUGACCUUGGCUAGCAAGCAAGACUGUCAAGACAACGUGUUCAUUGCAUCUAUUUUUAUGAUUCUUUUAUAAAGCUUGACAGACACUUUCACUGUAUCAAAGCAAGCAGUGUAAAUAAUCUGCUAAACCUUUCCUGUUGUGUACAACAGAAGAAAUAAAGUUGUAUGGGUUUAGAACAACAUGAAAGAGAGUAAAUAAAAAUAAUAAAAAAGAAAUCAUUCUGUUCAAUAUAUUACCGAAAAAUACUGUCUUGAACAUAGGUUAAUCAAAUUGCAAAAUUAGGUAAGCUGAGGGUUCAAAAUAAUUUCAUAUAGGUCCUAACAAGUUAAUUUAAUGUAGGUCCUAAUAUGAAACAUUACCAUCCCAUCGACAGCUUUUGUACAUUUUUUUUUUCUUUCUGAGAGAGUGAAACCAAAUGUCUCAAAUAUAGGUUGCAAAUCUAGGGUAAAACCUGUCUUGGAAAUAUUUCCUGAAAAAUCUCUCAAGUAUCAUGAUCACUAGAUGUCAUGCUUGUGUUCCUCUCAUACUAAUGCAGCUAUUUUAUUUGCAGUAGAUGGCAGAAUGCAUGAAUAUGUAAAACAGAAAUUUUGUUAUGAAUGGACAGUUAUGAUGCAGUUAAGUUGAUAUACUGUACAUAUAACAGCACAUUUUUAUCACACACACACAC